AUGCACACGGACGGAGAGGAGAGCCCGCUCACCGAGCUCGAGGACGACGUGGAGGCCGUCAUUAGUAUAAAGAAGAAGCGACAGCGUCGGAAGAAGCAGAUCGAGCCAGUGGUGUAUGACAUACCUCCCGUAGAAGGGAAGGAGACGCGAUUCACCGGCAGGCUGGGCUAUGCGUGUCUGAACACACUCCUGCGCGCGAUAAAGCCCGACCCGGUAUUCUGCUCGCGAACAUGCCGUCUCGAUACAAUUAAGAAGAACGGGAUUGAGUUUGCGAAGGACCUUGGGCUGAAGAAUUGCACUGAUCUGCUCCAGGUCAUUGAGUGGAACGAAGCGAAUAAAAUUCGCUUCUUCCGGGUCUCUUCGGAGAUAUUUCCAUUCGCAUCGCACAAGGUUCAUGGGUACGACCUUGACUAUGCGCGCAAGGAGCUCAAGGCCGCUGGUGACCUUGCACGGAAGUAUGGUCACCGUCUGACGACUCAUCCCGGACAAUUCACACAGCUCGCAUCGCCAAAGGAUGACGUUGUUGCUGCAAGCGUGCGCGAGCUCGAAUACCAUUGCCAGAUGAUGCGCUACAUGGAGCUUGAUCAGGAUGGGGUCAUUAUCAUUCACAUGGGGGGCGUAUAUGGCGAUAAAGAGGGCACACUCGCACGCUUCAGAGAGAACUAUCGGACUCGCCUCACGGACGAGAUGAAGGCAAGGUUGGUGCUCGAAAACGACGAGAUCUGCUACGACCCAGAUGAUUUGCUUCCAGUUUGUGAGGAGCUUGAUAUCCCAAUGGUGCUUGAUUACCACCACAAUUGGAUCAAUCCGUCUGUCCUCCCUCUGCCCGAGCUCUGCACACGCGUCACGGCGACGUGGACGCGCAAGGGCAUCCGGCAGAAACAACACCUGAGCGAGCCUCGUCCCGGCGCAGAGACGGUGAUGGAGAAGCGCGCACAUGCCGACCGUUGCGCGGAAUUGCCCCAAGUGCUCAUAGGCGGAGACGUGGAUUUGAUGAUCGAGGCGAAAGACAAGGAGCAGGCCGUAUUUCAUUUGUACAGGAUCUACGGCCUAGCUGACGUUAUCCACGAGAACUUGCGCCCCGAGAAGCCGCCGAAGCCGUUUGUGCGUGGGAAGGCGCGAGAGGCUCAGGCUGAGGUGGGCGAUGGAGAGGACGCGGGUGAGCUGGCGGACAUUGAUGGGAUGCCAAUGGCCAGGGGAAAGAGGGGGACGGCAAAGGCAAGACCUGAGAAGAACAGUGCAUUGAGGGAAGAAGCGAAGAAGGAGCAGAAGCAGCCCGUGAAGCGCUCGUCACAGAAACGAAGAAGGGCGACAAAUGUCGUCGCUGGAAGUGCCGAUACCACCGGCGCUCUCGACAUAGAGAUCUCGCCACCGCUAGUGCCGGUAAAGGAGGAGCCUGAGUCAUCCACGAGGCGCAAAUCUAGACCAAAGUCCCCACGCAAGCCCAAGAUGCCCCGCAAGGCGCGUGGGCUCGUGAAUCAGGAGGAAGCACCCGCGCCGGUGGACGGCGCGAGUGUAGAAGACGUUGAGGCUGAUGAGCAUCCAGAAGCGGUGGAGGGAGAGAUGGAGACAGUGCGAGAGGAGGCGAGGCAGUGUCAUGGCGACCAGGAGGAUUAA